UUUCUUAAUUAACAUAACAGUGCUCGCUCAGACAGUACGUCCUUCUUAAUUAUUCUAAUCAUCUGAAGCCUUGAACUCGGAUCAGUGGUAGGAAUAGGUCUGAACUUGAUUGCAUUAAAAGAGUGGACAAACAACAAGUAUUGGUUAUCACGUCAGAUUUUGUCUAUAAUCUAAAGAGAUAGUUAUUCAAAUUCUUCAGUCUCGCCUCAACUCAACUCACAGAAUUACGGAACAGUUCACAGAGCCAUUAGUCAUCGAGAAGGACCCCUCCCAUUCUGCGAGGAAGUUGUGUUGUUGCGGGGAUAAGAUGGAAUCAAGAAGGGGCCUGGCGUCAUCACUUAAACAAUUGGGUAUAUCCGGCGACAAGAAGUUCUUGCCACUGACAAACCUUCCUGAAGCUGCGCAGCGAGUGCUGUUGGGAAAGUUGAGUAUUUGGUCUUUAAUGGAUCUUAGACUAGCGUCCAAAGGAACAUGUAAAAUGGUGGAUAACGUUUGCCUGGACAGACUUGUUUUGAAUGUGGCUACUCAUGCACAAAUGAAGGAGAGCGAAUUUUCUAAUUCUCGUACCAAGUGGAGCAGUGUGGUGAUACGAUGCGAUGGCAAUCAAAACGACCUCAGCUGGAUUCAUAACGAAUUAUACUCUCAACUUCUGAACAGAUUGUCGACAUGUUUGACAACUUUGAAAUUACCGGAGCAUCGGGUGCCCUACAUUGGGCUUCGUUCCAUUUUAUGUACAUGUGAAGCACUUAAAAGUAUUGAAUUUAGUACCCUAUCGUGUGCGGACUGGACUGGGGAAGAUCCUAACGAUGUCGAUAAUCCCAAAAUUGUGGCGUCUCUUGGGAAAUUGGAAACACUGAUUAUCACAUUUAUCUCUUGGGAUGAAGAGGAAAAUCUCGGAGUAAUCAAGUAUAUUCUCAGCAAGUGCUCACGCGUCACGUUUUUUAAAGUUCCACACAUUUUUCUGGCCACCUUAUUUCGAAGCUGCGACGAUGAUGAAGAUGGGCCUAAUCAAGCUUAUAUAGAUUUAAUCCAGACUAGUCUUAUGGAUCCAUUGUUGGAGUAUAUCAGUAUUCCCAAAACAGCGAAUGAGAAUGGGCCUAUCUUGCCUACAUUUUUGGAUGUUGAGAACGUUGACCAACCUGAAUUUUUCGCCAGACUACUACAUGCAUGCCAUGCAGCAGGAACGAAGAUGCUCAACGUGAACGAGGGGUACCUUGCCCCUAUUCCCGAAGAAGACCUCGAAUGUUUUCCAAUUAUUGAAUCUCUGUAUCAAUGUGGUGAACACUUGAACUUUCACGAGCUAGAACAUCUCAAAUCAAUAUCUUUCGAUUCUGGCACGUCGGCCAACUCAAUUGUGAACAAUGACUCCAUCACUGCGCCACUGCCUGCUCUCGAGUCAAUUUCAUUUUUUGUUUCUGCUCGAGUUGCUCCAAACGUGAUGAACUUUUUUAAACAAAAUAGACCUAAUGUAGAAACACUUUGUAUUGAGUUUGAGGAAGAAGAACCAGUAUUGUCGCAAGUAUAUCCAGCUGAGAUUUUAGCCCAAAACUAUUCCCAAUUACGCAAUUUGUCACUCAUACACUGGGAUGGAAUAGACGACAAUUUAAUUCUGAUCUUAAAUUCGAUAACAUCUCUGGUGAGUUUAACACUGGUUAAUUGUUCCCAGAUCACAGAUAGAGGAUUUUUAGGGCAACAACCCACACAGCCUAUUCUGCUCAACCAAACAGGACUUAAACAUCUUUCAAUUGAGUGUGGGAUAUCAGACGCCGUUUUAAAGUAUGCCGUCCGAUUAAUGCCUUUAGAGUCAUUCUACUAUUCGUCUGAAUAUGUUACUCUAGCUGGAUUCUUAUCAUUGAGUCGAGGCUCACUGGCCAAUUCUCUAAUUUGCUUUCCUGUGACUCCACCUCCAGCUUGUCGACCGGACAUACUACACAAAUUCUUGUCAGGUUUCAAGAAUUUGAAGCGAAAACCAGUGCUUUGUUCUAUUCAAUACCAGGUUGAUGUUGAUGUACACCGUACCAACUAACUAAUUAAAUACUAAAAUGAAAAAAUGUGAUUGCUGUGGAUGGAGAAUGAUAUUACUUUAUAUUACCUAAAUAUCCAUUGAUUUUGUGAUACUCAAAAUUUUUGCUGGCUGUGCGACUACGAAGAUUAUUUUGGAUUUUUGUGAUAUAUGUACUUAGGUGUUUAAUCCUUUCUUAGCUUGUCAAUUUGUCAAUCAAAUCAAUCUUGUAUAAUAUGCUGAAUGGCAUUAUUUUUUAUAUAUCUUGUGGAUUACUCCUAUCUUUGAGCCACAAUAAAAGUGUAUUUCAUAUAAAACGA